GCAAACCCAACCCUGAAGGCAGAAGCGGGCGGGUGUCUGCGGCGGGAAAGAGUUAAACUGAAGGGCCGGGAGCUGGACCUAGAAGUGGGGAGUGGGCCAGUUGAGGGAGAGGUGUUAAGCAUGGGUGAGAGGUGGGAGGUGUGAAAGAUCGAGGGAGAUAGAGGGGAGGGCCCGGACAGGAAAGUGCGUGUGACAGCGGGGCAGAGCGAGAGGAUGCUCCUUGCUAGAAGAUGGAUGAGGUGGUUGUGAAACAGGGGUUACUGUACCUCCAGCAGCAGCAAACCUUCGGGAAGAAAUGGAGGAAGUUCUGGGCAAUGCUGUACCAGGAGAGCUCCUGCUCCUGCGCCCACCUGGAGCUCUUCGAGGGCUCCGGGCCUCCCACUUCCGAGAAGCCCAAGAAGGCUGAGAGUGGCAAGAAGCUCAUCAAGUUGAGUAACUGUGUGCAUGUAGCUGAGGCUAAUGGGGACACCAGCAGCCCCAAGGAGACUGUCCCUUUCAUCCUGGAGACCACGGACAAGCGCUACCUGCUGGCAGCUGAAAGCACCGAAGUGGCCAACUGGGUCCUCACCCUCUGCAAUCUGGCCUUCGCGAGGAGCAGGGAUGAACGGAAGGCAGCAGUGGGGAAGGACAGCCACCCGAUCUCGCUAUCCAUGGAGGAGAACUCCCUGUACAGCUCCAGGGCCAAAGCCGCGGCCACUAAGGAGUUCCAAGUGACAGUGAGGGUCACGGAGGCCUCUGAGCGCUGCCUCCUCUGGGGCAGCUUCAUCCUCCGAGCUGAGGACGAGGCCCUGGAGCUUCAGGACCUGCAGACGGGGAGCGUGCGCUAUACCUGGCCUUAUAAGUUCCUGCGGAGAUUUGGACGGGAUAAGGUGACCUUCUCCUUCGAGGCCGGUCGAAGAUGCGCCUCUGGAGAAGGCAACUUUGAGUUUGAGACCACGCAGGGCAACGAGAUCUUCCAGGUCAUUGAGUCAGCCAUCAACGUGCAGAGGGGCCUUGGGGCAGAUGAGCCACGGUGGGUCGGCCCUGCUGACGAUGCCGUCAGGGUUCCCGUUCCUGUUAGGACCGUGAGCCAACCCAGGGAUGGCGAGGGGAGGGUCUCAACUGGAGGGUCCCUGCUGCACCACAGGGCCAGCACCAAAUGCCUCUCCCUGGAGUCCAGCUUGGAGGGGAAGCCAGCCAAAGGCAAAUCAGUGAAGCCCACCGCCAGCUUCCCCCUGUCCGGGGAGCCCACAAGCAGCUUCAUCUCCCCUGCUGACUGCGAGUUGCCCUACGCGGAGCCACGCGACUCCCUCCGACUGAACCCGCAGGACAGAGCCAAGAGCCUGCAGCCGGCCAGGAAGGUGGUGGCUCAGGCAAAAGAGACACCUGAGUCCGAAUAUGCUGUGCCCUUCGACACCAUCGCCAAGUCCCUGAUGGCCACAGAGUUUGGCAGCUUUCUCUGCGGCUUUGUGGAGCCAGAGGUCCCGUACCCGCUGUAUGACAGCAUCGAUGAAGCGGGCGUGAGGAAGCGGAGACAGCCACCCACUCAGACCAAGCCAGAGCACAUUUAUGAUGAGCCCGAGGGCCUGUCUGCCCACACUGUGUACGAUGAGCCCGAGGAGGUCAAAGGGGAGGCCUGGAAGCUGCAGGCCACUGCAGAGGACCCAGUGGGUCACGAGUACCCCUACAACCCCCAGCGGGAUGACUACUCUGUGCCCAAGAUGGUCGUGCCCACCCUGAACUUGCUCUCUGGGCGAGGGGGUGACUGGAUUGGGGAAACCGAAUAUGACAAUGUGGCCCUGAGGUUCAUGAACAAGAAGAAGAAUGUGCAGUAAAAGGGAGGAGAGGGAAGAGGAGAGAGAACAAGAGAAAGGACUUUCUGUGCUGCCAUUCCACUUGGCCCCAGGUUGCGCCAUCUCUCUAACCCCGGAGAUGGCCGGAGUGGACAUUUCCAAGAGCCUUUUCUCUUCAGCUGUCCCUUAGAGUAAAAGCUGAGUCUGUCGAACUCAUCUCACUAGUGACUGAAAGCCUGUUCGGGCCUGGCUGUCCAGCAGGGGGGCAUGAUAGAAUCCAAGUGCCUUCUCCCUUAGCCUAGACUGUAUAGAUUUAGGGCAAGGGUCAUGCAUUGCUGUAUAUUGCGUACGGCACUCAGUACGGUGAUGGCAGUUUAUAUAUAUAGUACUAAUAAUGCUGCCCCAAAGGGCCUGAGUUUCUCUCCACUCCUGAGAAGAUAUUCCUGGGCAUCUCUAUUAAAAACAGCAUUUAAACCGGCUGCUGGAGUUGCAUACGGCUUCUUUCCCCAUUACAUCAGUUUCUCUGGCCCAGCAUUACCAGGGUGGAUCCUCUGUUUCUUCCUGCCAUCGGAUCCAGACUGGAUGCCGUUCUGGAAGCUAUGCUUUAGUCCAACAUGAGUUACGGGGAUCAAUACAGGGAUAACUGGGUGAAAUGUAAUGGCCUGUGAUAUCGCAGAGCUCAGAGAUGAUCUAAGGGGCCCUUGUGAAUCUAUGAACAUUCCCUCCUCUCCUCCAGCACACCUGAUCCCAUCUUCCUGUGACCUGUGUUGUGUCCUAGUGAGCUCACGGGAGGAGAUGAAAACUUAGGGCCAAGCAGGAGAUUCAGGUGUGACACUGGCCGAAGAAGUGGGACAUCAAGCUGAGACAGUGGUUCGGGCAGGAUAGCCCACGGGUGACACUGGCCAAGCUGGAGAGGGGCAGGUGUGAUAUUGGUCUCUGUGGAACAAUUUCAAGAGCACACCUCACACGUGCCAUUGACACAGGCAGGGCAGCUGGGCUGGGACACUGACUCAGGCGGAGUGGGCCAGCUGGGCCCACUCUGCCAGGUCACUGACAGCUGGGGAGGGGGCAGAUCCAGUGGCAGCAGUGGGGCUGCUCUGGCAGAUCAUCGGCCCAGGUGGUGCCAGGCAUAAUUCACCUGUGACAUUUCAACUGUGCACCCAAUAGCCAGCUGCCCCAGGGGGUGCAUUCCCACUGCCCCACUCCCUGGAGGGUGCAUCCCCACAGUCGACUGCCUCACUGCCUCUGAAAGGGGAGAGCCAGGCAAAGCGAACCUGCACCGGCUUUGGUGCUGAUCCCUCCGUCUUCAACCCACCUCGGCCAGGAGCUUCUAAGCUGUCGGUUUAUUUCUGAACUGGCAGCCUGUGGACAGCCAUCCUGCUUCUCUCCCGCUGGAGGGCAGUGUUGGCCCAUGGUACGAUGCUCUAGCGCUAUUGGGAAGAGGAACCAGGCUGAAACUCCCUCUGCAGCAGGGUUUCGGAUAACAUGAUUAAACAUGAGGUUCUGAAAAAGAACAUACAUGAGAAAAGAAGGGGGGGGGAAAUCCGUGAAACCUGAUCGGAAUGGAUAUUUCUGUUCCGUUUAAAGGGGCAGCACAGGUCAAUGGUGAUGGGUCUGUGCGUGAGAAGAGCAUUAGUGGUCAGCAGCCAAUGCAGCUUAGUGCAGGUGUGACCCAAGGCCUGGGAAGUGGGGCAGUGGGGAUGGCCUGCUGCAGGCUGGAGCUCCGGGUCUGACCCCGUCUCCAUAACAGGCUGAUCAGUAGGGGGAAACUGUGAUAGAGACAGAAGUAGGACCGAGGGGUGAAAACCGUCUAGUGCAGGGCCCUAUGUGAGGGGGACCAGAAGAGAGCAAGGGAAUGGGAGCUUGCCAGGAAACAAACAGAAAGGGAGCAGGAAUGUACCCAGACACUGCUGAUUUUCCCCAAAAGCUCCAUCUGAGACCUGCCAAUGCCAAGCAGCCAGAGAGAGACGUCACACCCUGGCUAAGGUCAGAAUUGCCCACUUCCAGGGUUUGGCUUUAUGGCGAUCUCAAAUUGCAACCAAACAUAAACCUUGCACAGAGAUGUCCCCUGAAGCCCAGCUAGUCCUAUAGGUCCCUGCAGGACCUCACUGCAUCUUACCCUGGUAUGCUCUGAGCAGAAGGUCACACCCACUCUCCUCUAUACUGGUGGAGGUAUCAAGGUGCACCUGGCACCAUGACACAGCACGAUUGUGCAGGUUUCUAACACCUGCUAACAGGGUGCGUCAACAGAAAAGCUCCCCAGCCUUAUUAGAGUCUUCCACCCACCGGAGCAUGUGGUCUCUCUGUAUAGCACACACAUGCUCGUUUUUAUUGGGAGCUGGGUGUGUACCAGCAACCAAAGAGUUAACGAAACACUGCUGAAGAGUAAGGUUUCAUCACUGACCUGGAAGCUCUGACCACUAGACAACACACUGCUCUCAGAGCUGGGGCUGGAACCCAGGAGUUCUAACUCCCAGACACUCCCUGCUCUAACCACGAGACCUCAAUCUCUCCUCCCCAAAGUCGAAAUGGAACCCAGGAGUCCUGACCCCCAGACCCCUCUCCAGCCCAUUACCUUAAGCUCCCAUCUGCACCCCUUCUGAGCUAAGCACAGUUGCUGCCUCCCCCUCCCCCAAAUAAAUUAAUGACAAAACAAUGGUUUUUAAGUCAGCAGCGCUCAGAGCUGAUUGUAUUGUGUGCUCCCGGGGGACACCUGCCUUCCUAUUUACACUCCAUUGUUUGUGUUUUUAAUUCAGCUUUGUUUUCUGAUCCUUUACAAUUUUCUUUUUGUUUUUUCCUACUAAAGUUUUGGUUUGUUUGUC